GCACUGAACGGAACGAUGAAACAUCGAAUCGUGCUAAUUGUGGCCCUCUUUUUUUUCUGCACUGUGCUUGGACAACUGAGCUACUCCAUCCCUGAGGAAAUGGCCCCGGGUUCUAUUGUCGGUAACGUAGCUCAAGAUUUGGGUUUGGACAUCAAAAGACUCGAGUCUGGAAAGGCUCGCGUUUUUACAGGAGCUGGUACUGCAUGUAUUGAGCUGAACAGAGAAAAGGGAGUGCUUUUGAUUAAGGAUAGGAUAGACAGAGAGCUGCUAUGUCGACAAGUGAUGCCUUGUGCUCUGCAUUUUCAGAUUUUACUGGAGAAUCCCAUGGAGUUUUACCGUGCGACUGUGGAAAUUGUAGAUGUCAAUGAUAAUCCUCCGGUCUUUAUAAACAAUGACGUACAAUUUAAUAUCAGUGAAUCUGCUUUAGUAGGCACAUCUUUUACUUUGGAUACCGCAACCGAUUUAGAUGUUGGAGUCAACAGUUUAAAAUCUUAUUUUAUCAAACCUAGUGAUACAUUUUCCCUCAAAAUGAACGGUGAUGAAGACAAUAGAAAUGUUGAAAUGGUUUUAAAUGCGCCUUUAGACAGAGAGAAAACAGAUCAUCUAUCGUUAGUUCUGACAGCAGUAGACGGAGGCGUGCCCCAAAUGUCGGGAACAAUGCAAAUACGAGUUACAGUUUUAGACUUUAAUGAUAACGAGCCGGUGUUUUUACAGCCUGUGUAUAAAGCAUCAAUUAAAGAAAAUGCGCCCCUCGGCACUCUGGUAGUUAAAGUCACUGCUACAGAUGCAGAUCAUGGAUCUAACGGUCAAAUUAUGUAUUCGAUUACAAAUGUGGCAAACGAAAUACGUGAUCUAUUUUUGAUAAAUAGAGGAAGUGGUGAGGUUACAUUAAAUGGGAAGAUUGACUAUGAGGUGUCCAAACAAUAUCAGAUUAAUAUCAGGGCUAGUGACCAUGGGGGACUGACCGGCUCUUGUAAAUUAAUAGUAGACGUAUUGGACUUGAAUGAUAAUCGUCCUAAUAUUUAUAUAAUGACUAAAUCAAACGUGAUAUCCGAGGACGCAAAACCGAACACUGCCGUGUCUAUGAUUAAAGUAGAAGAUGUCGAUUCUGCUGAAAAUGGUAGAGUACACUGUUUCAGUGAGAACGAUGAUCGCUUUAUACUUAGGUCAAACACGGCAAAUUUUUAUACGCUGGAAACAGACAAUGAAUUGGACCGAGAGUUAGCCUCUGAGUAUAAUAUCACAGUCACGUGUUCAGAUGAGGGCGUGCCCUCUCUCUCCAGCAGCGUCACUCUCACGUUACACAUCUCUGAUGUGAAUGACAACGCGCCUGUCUUUGACAGGAGCUCGUAUGAGGCCUACAUUGUAGAAAACAACAGCCCGGGCCUCUCUAUAUUCACAGUGAAAGCCACAGACGCUGACUGGAACCAGAACGCGCGUGUCUCUUACAUACUGGAGGACUCCUCUGUUAACGGAGUGCCAGUCUCCUCAUAUGUGUCCGUUAGUGCAGAUAGCGGAGUCAUCCAUGCAGUGCGCUCCUUUGACUACGAGCAGAUCAAGGAUUUCCGGUUCUGCGUCAAAGCGCAGGACGGAGGCUCUCCUCCUCUCAGCAGCAAUGUGACUGUGAAAAUCCUGGUUCAGGAUCAGAACGAUAACGCCCCUCAGGUGCUGUACCCAGUCCAGACUGGGGGUUCUCUGGUGGCUGAGAUGGUGCCUCGUUCAGCAGAUGUGGGCUAUCUGGUCACUAAAGUGGUGGCUGUGGAUGUGGACUCUGGACAGAAUGCCUGGCUCUCCUAUAAACUGCAGAAAGCCGCAGACAGGGCGCUGUUUGAAGUGGGCUUACAGAAUGGAGAAAUAAGAACUAUCCGCCAAGUGACUGAUAAAGAUGCAGUCAAACAGAGACUGACUGUUAUAGUGGAGGACAACGGGCAGCCCUCUCGUUCAGCUACAGUCAUUGUUAACGUGGCGGUGGCGGACAGCUUUCCUGAAGUACUGUCUGAGUUCACUGACUUUACGCACGACAAGGAGUACAAUGACAACCUGACUUUUUACUUAGUGCUGGCUCUGGCUGUAGUCUCCUUUCUGUUCAUCACGUGUGUAGUGGUCAUUAUCUCAGUGAAAAUCUACAGAUGGAGACAGUCUCGCAUCCUGUAUCACUCCAAUCUGCCAGUGAUCCCAUAUUAUCCUCCACGUUACUCAGACACUCUGGGCACAGCGACUCUCCCACACGUGUACAAUUACGACACGUGCAGGACCACAGACUCCAGAAAGAGUGACUGUAAGUUUGGCAGAGCUGGUAGUCAGAACGUGCUGAUAAUGGAUCCCAGUUCAACAGGGACGAUGCAGCGGAUACAGAGUGAGAAGAGCAUCUUGGACGAACCGGAUUCUCCUCUAGAGGUUAGGAUUUCACGUUAUUACUAUCACUGUAGUGCAGAAUUUGAUUGUUUUGGUUUGUCUAUGGUCCGCUUUCAGUACCUUGGAUAG